AUGACAAGAAAAUCAGCGACGCGCAGGCGAGGAUCAAUCGACGUGGUCGACGCCAAGGUCGCUGUGGAUCUCGCGACGGCUCAAUCAUACUCAGAGAAUGUCUUUCUCUUUGUGCCCAAUCUCAUUGGGUACUCACGCAUCAUACUUGCGGGCGUAGCGCUCUAUUUUAUGAGCUAUCAUCCGAAGUACUGCACAAUUGCGUAUGGGGUAUCCUGCUUGCUAGACGCCGCGGACGGACACGCAGCACGAGCACUAGGCCAAACGUCGAAGUUCGGUGCGGUGUUGGACAUGGUCACUGAUCGUUGCACGACGUCUACACUGUUGUGCUAUCUCUCUUCCGCGUACCCGGACUAUGCCAUGCUGUUCCAGUUUCUUAUUACUCUCGACUUCAGCAGUCACUACAUGCACAUGUACAGCUCGCUAAUCACAGGCUCUCGCAGCCACAAAGCUGUUACAAGCGAUGUGAGCCGUAUUCUGAAGCUUUAUUACGAUUCUCGAACCCUCUUUGUCAUGUGUGCAGGCAACGAAAUGUUUUUCGUUGCACUUUAUCUCAUGAAAUGGGUUCACACACCACUCUCGACGUCGAUUGGUAUGGAUGUCGCCUACCUAUCGGGAUGGACGUGGGCGGAGUUGUUGGCAGCCGUGUGCUUCCCCAUCUGUGCUACCAAGAAUUUCAUCAACGCUGUGCAGCUGUGGAAGGCAUCAAAAAUCCUCGUUGGUGUGGACUUGGCCGAGCGAGCACAGGCUCGGGAAGUGGAGGUUUCGAAGGCGAAGAAGACAUGA